AUGCCCAGAGUUAAGAAAGAAAUCUCAAAGAGUUUGGCUGAAGGCUUACGAGUUACUACAUGUAGCCUCGUUGGGGUAGCUAACACCCCCGCCCAAUAUAACCUUCUUCGAGCCCUCGCUGGCCUCUACCAAGUGCUUAGUCCAGACGAGAUUUUAAAAUUGUCGCAAACUCCUGCUCCACACCAGCCUGGACAGCAUUGGUAUGGGGCAGUUGUUAUUAUUGUAGCUCUAAAUUACUUCGAUUACUUCGAACAAAUCUCAAAAACGUUCAAUAAUUUGGGAGAUCUCGCUUCCUACUUCGAUCGUUUCCUAGAGAUCCUCGGCCCCGACUCCUCUAGACUUCACUCGGCACUCGCAGAUUUCUAUGCAGUGUCAAUUAGGUUCAGCACAUCGGCGCUUCAAUUCCUUAAGAAAUCUACAACCGGGCAAAUAUUUAAAUCGAUAUGGCAGCCCUUCAAAUUGAGCUUUCAAGGCCUCGAAGAGGAGCUUGCUCGGCAGCAAAAAUCAGUCGAGGAUGCAAUCGAGUUGGCAAGAGAGGAAGUGGCGUUUAAGGCUCACCAGGAGAUGAGUCUAUUCAGGAGAGAAGGAAGAAACCACCAUCUGCUGAUGAUACAAAAUCAUGCCGAAAAUCAAUCGACGAAUUCGACCAUCAUAAAGAGGUUAAAUGGGAUCGAGAAUUUAUCUCUGCAGAAAAAUAUACGGGAAAAAAUGGUAAAAAGAAGAUCUCUGCUGGAAGCGAUAUCAACAUACAAUCAUCGGUUGAGUUUAUCGAAUGCGUGCGAGAAGCGGCAUAAGAAGACUGGAUUAUGGAUUUUUGAGACCCUGGAGUAUAAGGAGUGGAACGAAGACUUGAAAUCUAGCGGGCUUUGGUGUUAUGGAAUUCCUGGUGCAGGAAAAACCAUACUUACGGCUGGGGUAAUUGAUCACCUCUUUAUAAAACAACAAAAUAUGACAACAUCAAUCAACUACUUCUUCUGCGACUUCUCAGCCGAAGAGUCUUUGAAGGCUUCCGCGAUCUUGAAAAGUUUGAUAAAACAAAUUCUCAGCGUUUUCGAAAAGAUUCCUCCAGAGAUGGAGCGAAACUUUGAGAGACAAUUCCUGAGUAGUCACUGA